AACGCGCGUGCUCGCGAUUCUCCAAUCACGUAUCACGAUAAGGCUGUUGGAGUGCUUGACCGGUAGUUGUGUCGGUUGAAAAUCGCGCGUCGUUGUAUGUGGUAAUUUUGUAUCAUCGAAACAGUAAACGACGCUGUGCUGCUGGUAAGAUCACAAAUUCCCUAUGGCAACGGCAACUUCUGUACUGCUGCUGCUGCUGCUGCUGGUGGUGGCAUGUCGGUGCCAGUCGGAGUCCAGUUUUGAGGAGCCAUUGCACAGCGAUGUGGCUCUCUCAGAGCUGGAACGUGAGGGGAGAGACCAGUACCGUCAGGCUGUGGAGAGGAUAUCCAUGCCGCAGUCCGGGACCUGCUGGAAGCAAGCUGUUGCCGCCCUUCAGGACGGCUGCCGGCAGCUCGACGAGAAGACCCAUGGUGAUCUGGCUCUGCGAUUUUCUGACUGUUUCCUGGAAAUGUCAGGGCUCGAGAAGCAUAACUGCCAAUUUGAAGACAAAGCAUGCCUGCGUGAAAUGAACCAGACUGCAUUUGAUACUUAUUCAAAGUUUUACAUCCACACACAAAGCAUGUGCUACUUCCUGUAUAAUCAAGCAUGGCAUCAGGAAACAGAAAAAACCAUAGCACGACUGACAACUACAUCUUCAAAGAUGUCACAGCAAUUGCAAGAGUCUGCCGAGGUGCAGAGCAAGAUGUUGUCAGAUCUCCUAUUGGUGAGCACCGUCGUGGGACAAGUAUCGACUGUACUGCUCGCCAUCCAGAAUCUCUUGCUCAGUGGCUCCUCGUUCUUUGGCACUGUGCUGUUCUUCACCGUGGCUGCAGUCGCCUUAGCGGCUCUCGGCCGAACGCGUUCCGGUUCCAGUAUGGUACCACACAUGUUUGCUGUGCUGUUUGCUGGUGCCAUUGUGGAGACUGUUAUUGCAAAUUGGUUUGCCGAUGAUGCAGCAACUCAUUACCAGUGGGUGUGGUAUCUACGGUGCUUUGAAACAAUUCUGUGCACGAUACUGCUUGGUUAUGCUGCUUGGAGAUACCAGCACUAUGGACCGGCAAACAACAGGUUGUUGAAAAUGAUUGACAACAAGAUUGAUCGGGUGCUGGUUGCAGUUCUAAGUAUCAAUAAGGUGAAAGGACCACUUCAGUCAACAUGUGUUAAAUGUGGACACAAUAAUGGAACAUAUUCGGAUAAUGCCUAUUACAACAUAAGCCAAAAAAAAGAAAAGUCAAUGCCUGGAAUGUAUGAAAAUAGUAAAAGGGAGGAAACUGAAGACAAGCCAAGCAUUUUCUCGCAAUCAGCACAUGCACCUUUCCUGCCGCAACAUACUCCAGUGGCAGCAGACAGCCCUUCCACGACCCGUUGGGCUAAGGCUGACUUCACUGGGUCCUUUGAAACUGGCUACUCCAGACGGUCCAGUCUGCCACGCCGGAGUCCUACGCCAUUUGUCGAUGCCCAGCAAGUCGUGUCACCUCUGCCACCAUACGAUUAUGUGGAUUUGAAAAGCGAGGCUAGAAAGGAUACCACAGCUCCAUUGACAAGAAGAGAUUUUUACACACCAGAGCGUGAAACACACAGCAGUACGGAGGUAAAGAAGGCCGUUGUGCGAAUAGAACCACUAAAAACUCGAGUAUCGGCCCCGACUCCACAGAGCCAGGCACCACAGACGCCACAGCCGCUGCGGCGACAGACACCGACAAGGAAAGUUCGUCAGGCUAGGAGUGAUUCUGAACAGAAAGCCCUGCAGCCCAGCUCAGAGUACAGUCUGCGCAGCCAUAACAGGGACACGGGCUCUGUAGCUUAGUUUUAACGGCACAGCAAAUGGGAUUGUGUCACAUUCUCAAAAGAUCUGAGUACAAUUUUUCCUUACCUUUAGCAUUUGGUGAUGUUCUUUUGCUGUCCAUUCCCAAUGACUUGACGUCAUAAUCAGCUAUAUACAGAGGUCAUAAAUAUAUUAUACAUAAAUAUGUCUUUAGCAGGAAUGAUUAGGAUGUCAGCUCGCAGAACCAUACCCUUGGAUGAAAUCAGCUGAAGUGCAUUUUUAAUACUUUUUGAGUUGGUGUUAUUGCACAAAUGCAUGUAGUUGUUAAUUUUGUUACAUUGUGUGUAAUAUAUUAAUUACAGAAUUUUUUGUACUUUAAUACUGAGAUAUCAUAACUCCCAUUUUCUGCUUAAGCGGCAGUUAAGAUAGUAUUGUUCUGAACUGUUGCUAUGUAAGCCUGCAUCACUGUUUUAUAUAUAUUUGCUUCUCACAUCAUCAGAAUUGACUUGUCCUGUGUUCUCGUGUAUCUGCUUUAAAAUGUGAGAGUUCAGAAUACUUGACUAAUUUUUCUUCUGCAUCAACAACAUUCUAAAAUGUUCAUAUGUUACAACACUGUAAAGAUAAAUAUACACCAAAAAUAACUAUAUUUUUUAUCUUUCGUGUAAAUAACAUUAAAGUGAAACAUAAGUUCCCAAACUAUUGUUUACUGCAGUUGUUAAUAAUCUCUUAUUUUCCUGUUCUAACAGGAGUAUCUUGGUAGUUUAGCGUAUAAGGCUGAUUCCUAGAGAUUAAACUAAUUGUCAUUCAGAGUAGGAAUGAGUGUGUAAUUUUUAAAGUAAUGUGCCUUCUUUCUAAAUUUUGAAGUAAAUAGGACUUUGCUUUGAUUCUCUUACACACAAAUUUACAGUAUGCAAAAUAAAUCUCAACCAUGUGAUCAAUUACUGAAACUGUGAUAGGAGCACUUUUGAUGUAAAUAAAAUAAGCUAGGAGAUACUGCGCCUUCAUAUUUCAUGACUGAUGGAAGAGAUGAAUUUUGGUGAGUCUGCAUGAGCAUGCAUUGUUAUCUGAAAUUAAAUCCUCCUUGACAUAAGUGUGAUGAGGCAACCAGAACACCAAACUUGCAACAAUUACUGUUUGUGACAAUACUGUUUUCACAAAUCAGAAAUUGGGGUCACAAACAGCAGUCCACCUCUUCUUAAACUUCCAAAUAUUUUGUACUCGUCAGCACUCGUAAAUCUUUGAAGUGCACCUUACUGCUUUAAGAAAUUGGUGCCCAUGCAGUGACCUUCCAAUGAGGUAUUUUUUUCAAAUUAACUUUUUACCUGAAUUUUAAAAUUAUGUUGCUUUUCAUUCAAAGUUAAUUACAGUUUAUAUCUAUCCUUAAUGUAAAAUAAGAGAGACAGUUUGUACACUUCGUUAACAAGUCCGGCUACGCGAAACUGGCCCUAACCAAAUCACUCGUGCCAUACCACUGCAGUAUGAAAAUUCAAGUGUUUUAUUUGUUCAGUUCAUUAAAAUUUAGUGGGAAAUUGUACCUGAUACCGCUGAACUACAAUUGCAAAAUGCAAAGCAAAACAGUCUGUGCACACCUACACUAGUAACUAGUAUACUGUGAGCCACACAUGGUGCUGUAUUUUUUUGGAAUCGUCUAGCAAAUGAAUCCUAGACACAGUCAAAGCUUAUUGGUGGAACUGCUCUGACUGUCCAUCCCAUUUUUAUGAUGCAUGUAAUUGGCAGCACAUAUGGGUGGAUCAGCAGUAUUAAAAUGCACUGAACUACCUUAAUCGGUGCAUGUAAGCUCUCAUCCCAGAUAUGUCUCCCACUGGUAUUGACUCAAAACAAUAUCUCAAUAAACCGAGACAUAUAGCUGAAAAAAAGACUGCUGUAAUUGUUUCGACAGACAUACGUUGAAUUUAUAAGGCGAACAUUAAAUUUGAAGUAGAGCACGAGCCCGUCCCCACUGGACAACAAAGUAAAAGUGCAAAAGGUAGCUACCACUGGCUUGAGAGAUGAGGGGACAGUGUAGGGUAGGUGUAAAUGAUGGAGAGUUGGUGUGUAAAAAGAAAGUUCCACCUGUUCAUAUUAACAGAGUAAACUGUAUGGUGUAGAUCAAAGAUCUGCCCAAGUCAUUUGUAUUUUGUAUUAUUCAAAAGGUUCUAUUCAGUAUUUUUCAUUUUCCAUUGAGUACAAUUAUUAAUUGGUUAAGAGAAAAGUGGGUAGUGUUCAAAACGGCUGCAAUCUUAGAUAUUGUAAGAAAAUCAUGUUAACUAGAAGUGCAAUUUAUUUUGUAGGCUGACUAGGUUAGUGUAUGGGAUUAGCCGAGCGGUCUAAGGCACUGCAGUCGUGGACUGUGCGGCUGGUCCCAGCGGAGGUUCGAGUCCUCCCUCGGGCAUGGGUGUGUGUAUUUGUCCUUAGGAUAAUUUAGGUUAAGUGGUGUGUAAACUUAGGGACUGAUGACCUUAGCAGUUAAGUCCCAUAAGAUUUGACACACACUUUUUAUUAUUAUUAUUAUUAUUAUGAGUAUUUUCUAUGAGUGCAAAUAUUUUAGAUUAGGCUUUACCAUGACUAUUACUGAUAUUCAAUGAAACAAGUUUACUGUUAUCAGUCACUGUUUUAUUUAUAUACACAACAUUUUUCGAUGCUUUUAACCUCCAUCACCAGGUGAAUUUAUCAUUGGCAGUAUCACACGUAUUGACUGUGUUAUGAUUUUGUGGUAAUUUGAGGCACUGUCUCCUUUCACUAUCUAAACACAUCACCUGUAAACUUUCUUUCAUCACAAAAGAUGACAGUUUACAUGUGAUGUUUAAUGAUGUGAAAGGAGCCUUUGUUCACUGGAGACAGUUACCCCAAAAUCGUCACACAGCGCACACACACGUGAUACUACACAUGUAAAUACAACUGAUGGUGAAGGUUAGAACCUUUAAAAUGCAUUGUGGAUAUAAAUAAACAGUAAAUGCUAACAGUAAACUUGUUUCAUUUGGGUUAUGUUCUAGUUGGUUUUUCUCUGUCACACUAGUAUAUUUUUAAAAAAUAAAAAAAUAACAGAACCCAAGGAUUAGAUGAAAAUUAUAGCUGUUACUAAGAAGAAAUCUCUUUUGAAUAGACAAAAACAAAUUUGUAAAGUAUGUUCAACAUUUUUUGGAAAUAAUUCAAAUGCUGAUCAACUUCUCACAUCCUUAAAGAGUUCUAUUUAUCAUUUUAAUACCAUUUAAGAUGGGCAGUGGUGAAUAUAUAUUGUUUUUAUUUCAUUCUGCACCUUGUGUUGAUGAACUGUAUGUUUACAGUAACAGACAGUGGUGAAGAGGAGGAAAAAUAUGAUCUUAGAUGGCAAGUGAUCACUCACCUGAAAUACUUAAAAUUAUGUAAUUUUGAACUGUGGCUAACUAAUACCAUACAUGGUUCGUGUGAUAAGACAGUAAUUUUCAUAUUGCUUACCUUGUGUCGAAAUAUAGGCAUCGUAGUUGCAUCCUUGUAUACACAGUGAAUUACAAUAUUAGAACUGUGCAUGGACAUGUGCUAGAUUAUGUUUAUAAAAAAAUAUUAAUUUGAUAUUUAUAUUUGAGUGUUUUUGAUGUAGUUUUUAAUGCAGUGUAUGUGAAUGAAUAAGAAAAGGAAAUUGCUUAUUCAUUAACAGCGCAUAGAUUAUAUUUAUAGAUCACCUUUAUAUGAGUAUAGAAAUAAAAAUUGUAGGUGAUACAUUUA